UUAUUAAUUAAAGCACAAUUUAGUACAUGAGCCCAACUUUUUUUUCUUGAUAACAUUUCUCUCUAUUCCUUCCUUUUCUUUCUUCUCACUCAUUCUCUCAACUCUUCACCACUCUCAUACCAAGUUAAUGAAUGGCUGAAAGGAAGCUUAAUUUGAAUGCACCACUUUGGUCUGUAAGAAGAUUCUCUAAACCAUUAGGAACUUCAGAAAGAGAGAAUAAAAAGAAAGCUAAGAGUAAAAGUUCAGUUUUUGAACCAACCUUCAAAUUAGAGCAAGUAACAAAACCAGUUGCAGUUCCUUUCAACUGGGAACAAAUCCCAGGAAAAGCUAAAUUUAAUAAUGAUGACAAAGAAGCUGAAGAGGCUUGUGUUGUUACUCCAACAAUGCCCCCUCCUGGAAAAGUUUCUUUUAAUUCGGGUAGAGUAGAUGAUGAUGAUGAUGGUGAUGAUGAUGGUGAUGGGGAUGGUGAGGAUGAUGUUUAUUCUGAUGCACUUGAAACCUUUUCUUUCAAAGACUCUGCUUCCUUGAAUUGCAGUAGUGAAAAUGGUUAUGAAGGAGCCUUUUCAACCGAUCCGCAAACUCGCGAUUUCAUGAUGAAAAGAUUCUUACCUGCAGCCAAGGCUAUGGCGUUGGAGCCACCUCAUUAUGCUGUCAAGAAACAAGUUGAACAGCCUAAAGAGGUUGUGAACACAGUUGUUGGUCUUAAGAGACUUAUAGUACCAAAAUAUGGUGAUUAUAGAGAAGGAGAUGAUGAAGGUAGUGAAGAUGAAAAUAAUGAUUACGAUACUAAAACUAGAAGUAUAUCAACAAGAGGAGGGUGUGGAUUAUUUCCCAAGUUAUGUUUUAGGAAUUCAUUAAACAUCUUAGGUCCAAUUCCUGGUUUGAAAUUGAGGACACCAAAACAUUCUGAAACCAAGAGUGUGAAUAAGCAUACUUUGGAUUCAACUUAUAAACCGAAAACAAACUGUGGAUUUCGAUCAGCUGAACUUCACAUGAUUGAGAAGAAGAAGUUGGUUAGCGAAUCGAAAAGGUUGACAUACUCAUGUGAUCUACAAAGAGGAAGAUCAUCUCCCUCAACGCCUUCACGAGCAACGAGCAUAUCGCCUUACAGGAAUCGACCGUCUCAAUCGCCUUUUAGACGAGCAGCAUUUCUUGGUGUUCCCAAAGAAGAGAAUUAUGGCAAUGUCAAGGUGCCUAACAUUAAGCCUAAUUAUCUUUAUAACAAAACCACUAACAAGUUUGAGGACAUAACAGCUAAUCAUAGGAACAUGAACCCUGCUGUUGAGAAAACUGUCUAUGUAGAUUCUGUAUAUAAUGCUGAGAGUUCAGAAUCAAAAUCAAGUUGUUUAGAUACAAAGGAACAACUCAAUAUUCCAACAAGUGCAGAAGAAGAAGCAGUUUCAGAAUCAAUAUUCCAAGAUAUUCAGUGUUUAAAUAGUGUUGGUAAGCAAGGGGACUCUGAACUAGGACUUGCUCAAGAAUUUUCUGAGAUGGUUAGUAGAGGAAAUUUAAGCAAGGAGAGUGACCAAAUUGCAAUUGAUGACAGCUUGUUCUUACCAUCACCUCUACCCCAACCACCAUUGCCAAAAUCUCCCUCGGAGUCUUGGCUUUGGCGAACCGCUCCUUCGAUUUCUCUGCACAGUUCAUUUUCACGCAAGAAAUUAAACACCAACCCGAAAUCAAAUGCCAAAAUGUUGAAAUCUAAUACCUCUUUGACAAACACCAAGUGGGAAACAAUUGUAAAAUCUUCUCACCUCACUCAUGAUCAUGCUCGUUACUCUCAGGUAAUUUCAAACUCGUUCUUGUCACUGUUUUUUUAUAGAGUAAUUUGCAGCAUAAAUACUAAGUUUAACUCACAGUUGCAAAUAGCGAUACUAAUACUUAAGUUAUAUUUCUAGAACUUCUGUAGUUACUUUAGUCAAGUAUCUACGGAGGUCCAGAAACAUAAUUUACGUAUUAUUACCACUAAAACUUAAAUUUUUUUAUAACACUUUUCAAUAUUAGAAAAGAUCUAAUAAGCUUUACUAUCUGUUUUACAGGAAUUAGUAGCUCAUAUCUCUCAGAAAUCCAAUAAAUAUUAAAGAAAGAAAACCAAUGAUCUCAAUUUUGGCUGAUCUAGUUAUCUUUGUCAUAAAACUACAGAGUGUCAAUUUUAUUUUUUGUUACAGUUAUUGGUUCUGCUAGCAAUACAUGAUUUUUGUUCAGCCUAGCUGGAGGCAAAUUGGUAAGAUGGCUAAACAGAAAAGCUUAUUGUAAUAGCCAUUUCCUUUUUUAUAUAUAUAUAGUGUCUGUAUUGUAUAGAAAUCAUUAGAUUAUUUUGGGUUAUGAAAUAUGAAUUGGAGAGUGCAUUUUUCA